AUGUUUCUUAGAAGGUUUCUAUUCACCUGCUUUAUCGUUUAUGGCUACGCCUCGACAGCCUUUGCUCGACAGCCAGACGAUCUAAUUUCAGCAAUGACGAGCGGCGACAUCGAUAAGCUCAAAUCGUUUUGCGUAAAUUUCGUUGCCGCGUCCACUAACGCGAGCUUGAGUGCAGACGAGAGAGAGGAAGCUGGGAUUUACAAGAACGCAGUCUGCACCGAUGCCUAUCUGGGUUCCAUCCAAGAAAUUGCCCCAUUGCUCAAAUGCAUUCAACAGGCUGGCAACAAGCUGGAAGUGUGGGCGAAGUGCGGGAGGACCCAUGCUGGGACGAGUUGCAGCGAUCGGAACAAAUGGGCAAAUUGUCGAGAUGGUAUUGUGGCGAAAGGUUGCGAAGACAUUCCAAAUGUGGCCGCGCUGAUCGCCAAAGCGAACGCGGUUUUCCCGCAAAAGGGUGAUUGUAUGAAAGAGGUGGCGGCGGCCGUGAGUGGCAAAAAA